AUGUUUGGAUUUGGCUACAAGAACGAGUUCCCCGUCGAGGGUCGAACUGUCCUGAUCACUGGCGGCUCUGAUGGCAUGGGCCGUGCCCUCGCCGUCCAGCUUGCUGGCAAAGGUGCUCACGUUGUUGUCGUUGCUCGAACCAUUUCCAAGCUCCAGAGCACUGUGGAUGAGCUCAAGCACAAGGCUCUGAACUCGAUGAAGCAGCGGUUCUCCUAUAUCAGUGCUGAUCUCACUGAUGCCGCUGAAUGUGAUCGUGUGGUCGCUGAAGUCACUAGCUGGAAUGACGGUUCUGCCCCCGACAUCGUCUUCUGCUGUGCCGGCUUCUGCCACCCUGGUUUCUUCGUCGAUGUCCCCCUUUCCGUCCAGCGCCAGCAAAUGGACACGGUCUACUGGACUGCUGCCAACAUGGCCCAUGCCACUCUUCGCAACUGGCUUGCUCCUGUUCCUCCCAGUGGCCAGAUGAAAAACCCCCGCCGCCACCUUAUCUUCACUUGUUCGACCCUUGCAUUUACUCCAAUCGCUGGCUACGGUCCUUACUCGCCCGCCAAGGCUGCCAUUCGCUCCUUGUCUGAUACCCUCAGCCAGGAGAUUGAGAUGUACAAUGGAGCCUACACCCAGCGACACCGCAACCCGGCUCCUGCUGCUGAUGUCAAAAUCCACACUGUCUUCCCCAUGGGCAUUCUCAGCCCUGGAUUCGACAACGAGCAGAAGAUCAAGCCGGAGUUGACCAAGAUGCUCGAGGAGUCCGACAAGCCCCAGACCCCCGAGGAGGUUGCCCAGAUUACCCUAAGCGCCCUAGAGCGUGGCGAGUACCUGAUUACAACCAUGUUUGUUGGUCAUAUCAUGAAGGGAAGUGCUCUUGGACCCAGUCCUCGCAACGCCAUCGUCCGCGACACCCUGCUCAGCUGGCUCAGCAACCUGGUCUUCCUCCAAGUCAUUCCGGACCUUCGCAACAAGGCCUUCAACUGGGGCAAGGCCAAUGGACUUCUGAACUCUCAGGGUCAGGAUCAGACCGUGUCUUCGCCGUAG